AUGGAUUGGGAUAAUCUCUGCUUCAACACUGCAACGUUGAUUGCCGGGGUCUUUGUCCUUGACUAUGGAGCAGACAAAUUCCUGGACCACACUGUUAUCGUCGGACGGCGAUUAGGCAUCUCGCCGACUCUUAUUGCUCUCUUGACAGCUGGAGCUGAGUAUGAAGAGUUAGCUGUAGUGAUUGCAGCAAUCCUACAGCAUCGCAGCCCCCUAGCGCUGGGCAAUGUUAUGGGAUCUGCAAUUUCCAAUAUCCUCGGUGCCUUUUCGCUUGGUCUUCUGUGUCAUCCUGGUGGAAUGGAGUUUGAUCGUAGCGCAAAGAUCUAUGCUGCGCUUCAGCUUGCCGUUACCACUCUGUUUGUAGCCUUGGCUUUUUUUCAUCUGCUGAACCAAGUGACUGGUGCGGUCUUGAUAGCCGUUUUUGUCUUGUAUAUCAUCUCUAUUGGCUAUGCCAUUUACAAGGGCGUUACCGAACCUCCUCAGAUGUCUGAUAGUGACAGCGACGAUGAAAUACCCACCACUGCUCAGACGUCAGUUUCGGAGACUUUACCUCUUUUGGAGAAUGCAAGUCCACGACAGGAUCCACAGCCACUUUACCAGCAUAUCUUCCAACUCCUCUUUGGCCUACUUGCACUCUCCCUAUCCGGAUAUAUCCUUGCCCAUAGCGCAGGUGCCAUCGCGGACUCCCUCCAGCUUUCAGGCACCGUGUUUGGCCUCACAGUGAUUGCCUUUGCUACAACCCUACCGGAGAAGCUGAUUUCCGUUCUCAGUGGCUCUCGCGGACAAGGAGGUAUUGUCAUUGCAACCACAGCAGGGAGUAAUAUAUUCCUGCUGACGCUCUGCGUCGGUGUUGUGGCCAUUGCAGGACUUCCUGUCAACAGGGCAGAUACCUUUGAUACCUUUAUUCUCUUUGACCUGGUGAUGGUCUGGAUGUCCGCGUUAGGCUUUACAGUCGUCGCCUUUCUUGGACCAAGCCGAAUUGCCGGUCUGGUGUUUCUGUUGGCGUAUGUUGCUUUUGUGGUCCUUGAAUUUACAGUGUAUAAACGCUGA